AUGGCGGCUGUCCCGAGUGCGGCAUUCCAAGUGGAGGCAGCAGUGAUUGGGGCAGGUGUCAUUGGAUUGGCCUUGCAGAAGCUUGGCCAUGGCAGGCAAGGAAGUGAUUAUUCUGGAUCGAGCGGGGACUAUUGGCUCUGGUGGGUUCUAUUUAUACCACUGUACCUUGUUAUGAUUGUGAUUGUCUCAUUUUAUGUAACAUUCACAUCACCUCUUACUUAUUGCAUGUCAUGUUAUAUGGUCAAGAUCAGAGACAUCAUCUCGAAACUCGAAGUGAUUCAUCUGGACUCUAUAUCCACAAGCAUCUCUCAGGCUCGCUUUUGUGUGGGGGAAACUACGCUCUAUGAAUACUGUCAAUCAAGAAGUAUUCCCUAUCAGAAGUGUGGCAAAUUGAUUGUGGCAACCCAAAAGGAGCAACUGGAAACAAAAAUACUCGACCUGCAACAAAAGGCGGUCCAGAAUGGCGUCCUGGACACUCGGAUAUUGACCACCAAGGAAGAUGUACAAGUCUUAGAGCCAAAUAUUCAAGCUGUGGGGGCUCUCUGGUCUCCCAGUACGGGGGUCAUCAAUUCACACUCGUUCAUGCUCAGUCUCCUGGCCGAUGCAGAGGAUCAUGGAGCUACAUUGGCGUUGCAUUCAAAACUCAACACGGACUUCACCACUACUGCAUGUAGUACUGGUACUGGUAUGGACCGUCGUGAAUUGGCGGGAUUAUGGGCCCACCAGGUGGCUCAAUCCAUCCACCACUACAACAAUCACAACUGCUGCAUUCCAAGACAAUACUUUGCCAAGGGCAAUUACUUUCAGUUGGAAGGCUGUAACAGUAGCAAGAAUCCCUUUACACACUUGGUAUAUCCUAUUCCAGAACCAGGGGGGUUGGGAGUGCAUGCAACCAUGGAUUGGAGUGGUCAAUCUGUCAAGUUUGGACCCGAUGUUGAAUGGAUCGAUGUCAAACCACAACAGAACCGGACGGCAUUGACUUGA